AUUAGAUUGUGUGAAUUACAAAAAAAUAUAGACUAAUCGUCAAACGCACCACACUCCAGUCGCAGAAACCGAUGACCAUACUGACCUUAAAACGAAGUCUCGCGUGAUCAGGAACGAGAUUACAGUGUAGGGGAGGGCUGCAUGGAGAGCUGAAAAGACAAAACAAAAGCCACACAUUUCAGGCGCUGGUCGCUUAUUUUAUUUUUUAUUAACCGAAACAAAUUCCAUUCGCGACUCAUACCAGUUUCAGUUUAGUUGCCAUAUUUUGUACAUUUUUGCAUGAUGCCUAGUAGCACAUCUUUGCUGGAGGCCGAUGAGGGAGAGUCCGAGGUCCCACCGCCGCUAGUGCACGCUUUCGCCGGUAUGGGCCUUGAGGAGCACCACUGCACCCAAAGCCAAACCACCGAACAGGCAGACGAGAGUAUCUCAUUCCCACACCACCAUCAGCGCCCGUCGGUUUCUCAUUUCAGCCUCCUUGAUACGGUCCUCGACUUGAAGCCUUUGCCACUGCAUCAGCCACCUUCGGGAGAUGAAGCGAACAAAACGAAAGAAGAAGAGCUGGAAGAGGCAGCGGCCGAUUCCCCGGGCUGCACCGGGAGUUCGUUGUUGGCGAAGGCCCACCGCCAUCCACACCUCCAUUCGGGGCCAAGUAGCUCCGUGUUGCCGUCUGCAAUGGAGCCUCCGCAUACCGAUACGGUAUUAUUGUACAACGGAGAGGAGCGUGACGAUGGCGGGGUCGCCGGCAGCGCCUUACCUCCGGCUAGCAGCAUGGUGAUGCUACCAUCCGGCGUUUACGGCGAUGCGGGUUACGAGGCCGAGCCUUCGCUUCUGACUCAGCGGAAGAGUAUCAACACAACCGAGUGUGUGGCCGUGCCGAGCUCCGAGCACGUCGCCGAAAUUGUGGGCAGGCAAGGCUGUAAGAUCAAGGCCCUUCGAGCCAAGACGAACACCUACAUAAAGACGCCAGUGAGGGGGGAGCAGCCGGUCUUUGUCGUGACGGGACGUAAAGAAGACGUGGCCAUGGCAAAGAGGGAGAUCCUUUCUGCGGCUGAUCACUUCUCCCUUAUCAGAGCGUCUCGAAACAAAACUGGGCCUCUGUCUGCCGUGAACACUUUAGGGACCCCUGCUCUACCCGGACAGACGACUAUUCAGGUGCGGGUGCCUUAUCGUGUUGUUGGAUUGGUUGUGGGUCCCAAAGGGGCAACUAUCAAACGUAUUCAGCAGCAGACCCACACCUACAUUGUGACGCCAAGUCGUGACAAAGAGCCGGUGUUUGAGGUCACGGGGAUGCCAGAGAAUGUGGACCGAGCCAGGGAGGAAAUAGAGGCACACAUCGCCCUCCGCACGGGGUCCUGCGGGGGCGUUGAAGCCCCCGGCGUGGACAACAGCGAUUUUCAGUUCAACGGGACGGAUGUCAGCUUUGAGACUGCAGCGGGCCACGCCGCUCUGGGGGAGGCUGGAUGGCUCCAUGGUGGUGCCUCGUCACCAAGCAGCGGAAACUUGCUGCCCAUGAGCGUCAGUGGCACUCAGCGGGUUAAUAGCAAUACAAGCGGCGCUGUCAAGAUGUCUUCCACCUACCGCAACGACAGUUCCAGCUCUCUGGGCAGCGGCUCCAGCUCGGCCGACUCUUUCUACGGCGGGGGCAAUGGGAACCAGAUGGCAGAUUUCAGCCCGACCUUUCAGUUUAACGCCAAUGCUAAUAACAACAACAACAACAACAGUAGUAGUGGUGGUGGCAGCACAAGCUUCUGGUUUGGCGAGAAUCUUCUUGGAGUGGGUUCUGAAGAGAUCUUCAGCAUGGGAGGUGGUGGAGGCUUCUCGGGAUUUGAGCCUUUAACCAUUUCCACUGCCCCAACCCUGCAUUCUGCUGCACAAACGCACAUCUGGAGCCCCUUCGUGGACAACCCGUCUCUACAGGCCCUUGAUUCAUUACAGUCUCAGACCAGUCUGCCUGGUACCCCUCGCCUGUCCCCGACCUUCUCAGGGACCGAGGCCUUGGAGCACCCUCAGGCCCAGCGUGUUCACCGAAGGCCUUUUGGGUCAGCUGGAACUCCCGACGCCCACAGAAUCCCCUCAUACAGCUCCGCCUUCUCGUCCUCCAGCGAAAGCACCACCUCCUCCUCUUCGUCCUCCUCUCCACCGGAAUCCUCUUUCUCCUACCGACCGGCGCUGGGGUCAUCAGGAAGAGGCCCGGAGGUGUGCGUCAAGUGUAUGAAUAGCCAGGUGAUCGCUGCCUUGGUUCCUUGCGGCCAUAACCUUUUCUGUCUCGAUUGUGCCACUCAGAUAUGCCAGGGCCCAGAGGCCGUGUGCCCCGUGUGCCUGUCCCGGGUCACACAGGCCAUUCAGCUCCGCAAUAUGUAACUCCAACCACCAUCCCCCCCCCCCAAUCAAUGGCCAGGAGUCGGCCUCACCAACAAAUCUGGCUCAUCACAUGUUUGGAGCUUACAAAACACCCCCACAUGUGUUUCUGUUUGUCCUGACCCCAGCUUUUUCUGAGCUGGUGUUAAGUCGAAGGUGCAGAAGGAGUAGGUGACGUGAAAUGGGAGUGGUUUUGAUUUGGGGCAUGGGCUCAGCUCGUUCACGUGCCUGCCGUUGUCUUCAUGGUCAAUCGAUCAACGGGAGGGUUAGAAGCCCUCUAUGUAGCAUUGGGAGGGAUGGAAUGGGAUUUUCUUUCUUUCUUUUAGUUGUCCCAUAUGUUUACAUUCAACUUUAUCAGAAUAACAUAGUUGGCCUUUAGCUCAACAAUCUUUUUCAACUUCUCAAAAUUUGAUACUGCAGGAAAUAAAACGCAAGCAUGCUCAUUUAAAAAUAAAUCCCACAUUUGGCUCCGUUACAAUAAAUCUACUGUUUUAUUAGAUUUGGUUGCAGCAGGAAGCUAAAGGUCAUUACUGGAAUUCACCUUUUUAAAAAGAUGUGAUGUUAUACUUUCUUCAGGUUAUAAUCCCUUUUUCUGUUUUUAGAGCAUGCUUGCGUUGAAGACGUCAGUAUGAAAACACUCCCAAGGAGGUUUAUUUUCCGUACACUAAAUUGGUCAAAGUUGCCACACUCCAUUGUUGAUUCGGAUGUCUCUUCUUUCCCCGUCACUCCAACCCAAAAAGUUACUUCUUUUGUUAUUAUUCCUUUAGACCACUAGGAUGUUUCUCUUCUUCAGUAUGUGGGAGUUUUCCAUUUGUACUUCUAACAGUUUACGGUGAACUGGUGCCUAAUUCUGUUGAGUAAACAAAACAAACAACUUGCUUUGUGGGCACAAAUUGUCCUCAGACUUGUGGCCUUUUUCCAAAGUCCACUAUAAACCUAACACUAUCUUACAAAUCUGGGAAGAAAAAACAGCGUAACAGACGGAAGUGCUAAUGCAUUAGCUUGGUCUGCUAACGGCAUCUUUAAUGGAUCAAAGAGGAGAUGAGGAGGGUGUUUUACUUCGGCUCCUCGUUCGGCCUCUCUGAAGUGUUUUCUACUGCUUUUAUAUUUUGUCCUUGCUUUUAAUUUAAUUGCUACUUUUUGUUUACAUAUUUGUACGGGAAGCCAUGUGCCGGUUUUCAGCUAGGAAGCUAUGCACGUCUUGUACUUUUGUAACAUUCCUCCGUGGUAUUGUAGUCACUUUUUGUGUAGAAGCGACUUGAUGUUCUCGAACAUCACCUGGGAGCAAAAUGCGGUUGAUUUUCUCGGCUGUGGUUUGGAACAAAUCCCAGUGGAGAACAAAGCGGCUGCUUUUCAUCUUCAUUUGAUUUCAAAAGCCAUCUCUGUAACGUUCUUCAUCUACUCACUUGAAUGACUCACUCGGGCUGCUAUAGAUCGGUCCUGUAUAAUGUUUAGGGUGUGAGAUGAAGAGAUGGAAGACCAUUUUGUUGCUUUAACCCCACCCCCCACCCCACCCUUGUCAGCCCGGCCUAUGCAAAAAUCAUCUCAGUAUUAUACCCUCACCUGGAAGCCGUGGGUAGAUUUCGUAACCCCUGCAUCGUUUAGUUGUUUGGGCGGUACUCACUCGUUUGACCUUUCUGUGCUCUAAGCACAACUUCCCCUGUGUUUUCUUAAACAACGGGGCUGAGCACAUCUUUACUUUCCUCUUGUACAUGCCUUUGUUUUAUUUAUUUUUUGUUCGUUUCAUCUGAAAAGGUACAAAUUGUUGGAAAUCAUCUCAAUUCUUAGCUUUAAACUCCCGUCUCUGGACGUUUCCUGGAUCACAUGAACUCUCUGACACUUUGGGAUGGGAAUGCAGCUGGAAUGAUUUCACCGUGGAAUCCCGACACUAAACAUCAAUAAUACUGUUUGCUUUUCAGUUCUGGACAUUUGGACUGCAGCACCCCCCCCCCCCCACACACACACACACACACUACCUGGAAACCUUUUUUGGGGGGGGGGGGGGGGGUAGGUGUCUUUUUCACAUCCUCUGCUCCUCCCCCGUUUUUUCUAAUAUGGGUGAUUGAGCUUCUCACAGGAAAAUCGAGUCCCGAACAUGCAAAAAGAACAACCCCAAACUCGUUUGCUCCCGUCUCCUCUCGUCUUCUAUCCGUCCCUCGUUUUGCUUUAAAAGUUGAAAAAUUAACAUUUUCUCUCUCUGGGGGAAUGCAAUACAUAAUCGGCCCUCAAUAGUUUAUUGAUAUAAGUCUGACAUUUUUGUGUAUGUAUUAUACGAUAUUACUGUUAAUGACUGAUAAAUACACAGAACUUAUUUUUUAUUUUGUUACAUUUCGUAUAUACAUAAAUCUAUAUCAAAAUGUUUACAAUAAUAUUUUUAAUUUUUACUUCUUUUAUUUUUUUCCUGAGUGAUUAAUUAAUGAGGAGCUGAAAAUCCAGAGAGGUUGCAGGAGGGUUUCAGUGCUAUCUGCUUGUAGUCUAGUUAUUAGUUUACAGUAUUGACGAAGAUAAUAGUAUUGAUCGCUGCCGUUAAAUCUAGUUGAAAAGUGGAAUGUGCAUCACGAGCAUGUCUUCAUCAUUUACCGCCAUUGUGAAACAACACUGCAACUGUAAAAAGGCCAAGGAUUCAAGCUGCCUGUCAUGUCUGUACAACACCAAAAUUUAGAACGGUGUACUAUUGAAAUGUAUCUUCUCUUAUCUCUAUAUAUAAAUACAUAUUGUUAAAAGCUGUACCAACAGUUGAGAGUAUUUGCUAAUUUUACUACACUUUUGUUAUGUAUAUGUGUAGGAGGAGUCUUAAGGCAUAUAAAUUCUUCAAAUUAAGUCAGGAGUUUAAAAGCAGACUAUAUUUUAUAAUGGCCUUUUAAGUUAUUGCGGCCAAAGCACUGAUAUUAUAUAUUUGCUGUAAAGAGAAUUUUAAGAGUUUUAUUUUUCUGAUAUUAAAGUUACGUAAUAAAGACGGUUUCAUUUAAAGCCA